UUCAGUCAACUUUGCAUGUUACUCGUAUAAUGACAAAGAAUGAUUAAGCGGAAUGAUACCACUAACCUAAUGUAUAAGAUUAGUUAAUUAUAUUUCUUAAAACAAAAUACUAGUCAAUAAUAAAUUGACUAUUAUCAUUGACUAGUGACCUUCUCAUAAUCCUUAAUUCCUCAUUAUUGGCUUCACCUUUCGAUUCCUAACUCGAAAUCCAUGCUUCAAAGAUCAAAAUUUCAUGAGUUCUUGUUUAGCUUGUGCAAACUAAAGAAAGAAAAAAUUGCUUAUUCAAUUAACACAACCCCGAAAUAAUAAAGAUGUCUUGUAUGAAUGUAACGGAGUUACCUGAUGAAUGUAUGUCGCUUAUCUUGUCGCUGACGUCGCCGAGCGAUGUCCUCCGAUCAUCGGUGGUAACGAAGCAGUUUUCAUCAGUCUCUGAAUACGACGUCGUAUGGAAGAAGUUUCUGCCGUUGGAUAUUGAUGAUAUCAUUUCUCAAUCAUCUACACCAUAUCUUCUUCAACAAUUAACUUUGAAGAACUUCUUUCUCCAUCUCUGUCGUUCUCCUCUACUCUUCAACAAUGACACUCAGAGCUUUGCCUUGGAUAAACGGAGUGGAAAGAAAUGCUACAUGCUUGGUGCUAGGGCCUUAACGAUCACAUGGGGGAGUUCUCCGGAAUAUUGGAGUUGGAAAGUUGUACCCGAAUCAAGAUUUCCAGAGCUUGCUGUGCUCCAAGAUGUAUGUUGGCUUGACAUAAUUGGAAAAUUUUACAUCAAAUUCCUUUCACCAAACACGACUUAUGGUGUAUAUUUUGUGUUUAAGAUGGAUGAGAACAAUCAUCGAGGAUUUGAUAAUACACCAGUGAAUGUAUCUAUAUAUGAGAGUGAUGAAUAUGGGUUCUCCGGAGAAAACGAUGUUAAGGUUGUUAAGCGCUUUUAUCUCAAGGCACCAAUGGUUAGGAGACGUUCACGAAGGCCGAAAGAGCUUCCAAUCGAGAGGGAAGAUGGAUGGAUGGAAAUAGAGAUGGGUAGGUACCAUCAUGUUAGUGUUGAUGAUGGCAUUGAUGAAGGGGUGACAUUGGUGAUGAUAUUAAGGGAGAUUGAUGAAGGUCAGUGGAAAAGUGGUCUUGUUGUUCAAGGUAUUGAACUUCGUCCUUUGGACUGAUUACUGUGAACUGUGAUGGAUAGCAAUACGGAGCUAUGUUGUACUUUAUCUCUUUUAUAAUACUUGUAGGGUAAUAAAGAACCUACGUUGUUGUAUUUUUUUUUUAAGUGUACUUUGUUGUAUGUUAAAGAUGAACAAAAGCAUGUUUCAAAUAAUAUUAGUUAUUACUCAUCUAGACAUUUUUUA